AUGGUUGAACCAAUUGGCCUUGUCGGCACCCUCAUCGGCAUUGUCCAGGUAUGUGGUAGGUUGGUGUCGGUGUGCUAUGAUUACCGCAUGGGCGUCCGAGAUGCGCCCCAAGAUAUCUCUCAGAUUCUGGACGAGGUCGCCAGUGUUGGGUACAUCGCACAGCAACUAGUGAAGGCAAUUGAGUCCGACGAUGCCUAUUCUUUGCCUUCUUUGCCGUCUUUGCAGGCGAUGGAUGGGGAUGGUGGUACUCUCCGCACUUGCUUGGUCGAUUUGCAGGACCUGAAAGCAAGUUUGAAACUAGGGAAAACCUCCAGUUCGAAGCGUGCUCUGGUGUGGCCUUUACAACCUGUAGAUGCGGAAAAAGUAUUGCAGACCCUUGCGACGACCAAAAGCAAGCUGCAAUUGGCAUUGGCGGCUGAUAAUACCCAGAACAUGGAGGUAAUAAGCCACACCCGGUCGUUUCCGAGCGUUGAGAAGAAGGUUACUGGACUAUCGGAGAGUGUGGCUCAAUCUGACGAGGGCCGUGAACUAGCUGAACUUCUCAGCCAGCUCGGUGGACGCUGUCAAUCAGCCAAGCAAGAAGAAGAGUACCAAAAGUGUGCUCCAGCUACUGGUGACUGGCUAUUGAACACAGAGCAAUACAUGAAAUGGAAGAUUAUUCGCAACAAUCUCUUGUGGAUCAAAGGAGACGCUGGAUGUGGUAAAACCGUCCUAUGUUCGAGGAUCAUUAAGGAUCUUCAGGGCCACUGUGGUGGGGAGGAAAGUAGUAGCCUAUGCUAUUUCUUCAUGGAUGCAUCGGAAGAAAGAGGAGUUGACAUCAACCGCGUAUAUGGAUCCUUCGUCAGGCAGCUGAUUCAUCAAGGAGCAACCAUUCCUCGCUAUCUCCCGAGGCCGUGGAGGAAUUAUAACAGCCCAUCCGACGAACAGCAUUCAGUUUCAUGGAAGAGGUUACUGAAUGACCUCUUAUUGCAGUUCGAGCAUAAUUACAUUGUUCUCGAUGGUCUCGACGAAUGCGAAGAAUACCUCCAGAAUGGAGUUCCCGAGCUUGCGAAGUUCGUUAAGGAGAUGAUGGAACAGACAAAAGGACAACAGCAUUUGAUUGUGUUCAGCCGAAACUUGGAGCAACUUCGACACGCUUUCGAAGGCCUCAAGAUCUCCACCAUUACAAUUGAUGACUCAGCAGUGAAUGUUGAUAUGCAGACAGCACUACGACACCAGUUCUCGCAUCAGGGCAAACUUGCCCGGUGGCCAAUAUCGUUGAAGAAGAAGAUUGAAGAGAGCCUCCUGGCCCAAGCCAAUGGCUCAUUUCGUUGGAUGGACUGCCAACUGCAGACACUGCGACGGUGUGCCACACCACAGGCGGUACAAAAAGCUCUCAGAGACCUACCAAAGUCAUUAGACGAACACUACACCAUGACAAUCGACAGAAUUGAUGAGAGCAACCGCUUUCUCGUGAAGAACCUUCUACGCUGGGUAAACUUUGCUCUUCGGCCGCUAUCUCUAGAGGAGAUCACAAGCGCCAUAGCUAUCGACGUCGAUCAAGAAGACAUUCCCUUCUGUGACGAGACCUUAGAGCUUCUCGACCCAAAAAGCUUCAUUGAUUCCUGCUCCAGUCUUGUCUCCACUUACUGCCGUGAGGACGAAACGAGUGGCACCCAGAAUGUAUAUGUCAGGCUAUCCCAUUUCACCGUUCGAGAGUUUCUCGCUUCCGACGCAAUCUUGGGAGGCUCGUGCUCCGACUUUUUUCUGGAUGCGAGAUUGUCUCAUGCGGUCCUGGCUAACUGUAGCCUUGCGUACUUUCACCAUGCGGUUCAGUCUGCCGCCGGCGACCUCUGGAUUUAUCGUCCGCUGGCACGCUACGCAGGGCACUUUUGGAACGAGCAUAAAGAUCGUUCUGAAGGCGCUUGGCAAUACCUUGAAUUAGAGUCUAUCUUACUAGAUCUCUUUAAUGACAAUGGGCCCUAUUUUGGGCUAUGGAGCAAAGUGGCAAAGGUUGACCGACCGUGGCUGCGGGAUGAACCGAGCGACACCAAUGACUAUACAGCACUAUAUUGCUCUUCCUACUGUGGUCUGACACGAGUGGUGAAAGCAAUUCUUGACAAGGGUGCAUCCCCAAAUGUCUCCGGCGGCUUGUACCACCAUCCAUUACAAGCAGCCGCAUUCAUGGGCCACCUGAAAAUAGUCCAGUUACUGAUAGGGGCAAAGGCCGAAGUCAAUGCAAAAGGGGGUGCACGAAGUACGGCACUUGGUGCAGCAGCUGAUCAAGGUCAUUCAGAUGUCGCCAUCACGCUGCUAGAGGCCGGUGCCAAGGUCAACUUCCCGAAUCCACGGACUUUUGGCGGCCAAAGGUCGGAUCCUCUAUUUCUCGCUGUCGCGAGAGGCCAUCUAGCUGUCUGUGAGAUGCUGCUCAAUUACGGCGCUGAGGACUACCACGACAUGAAAGGAAACCCUCCAUCAGCCCUAGUGAUUGCAGUUUGUAGUGGUCGUCUUGAUGUUGUGAAGACAUUGCUGAGGUAUGAGCGCAUCACAAAUGCAAGAAGCAUGAAGUGUAGAACCCCAGCAGUCAUUAGGCCUGCCCAAUGUGGCAUCACCGCCGCCCAGUAUCAGGCCGCGGCUGGCGGCCACGUCGACAUAUUGCGCGAGCUGAUAGCCUAUGGAAUUACACCAGACGAAGCAUUGAGAUACGCAGCUCGUGCCGGUGACGAGGCGCUUGUGCGAAAGUAUCUAGACGAGGGUCUCAACGUCAACGGCCACGCGCAAGUCUCGGAUCACCCAAUUGCUCUCCAAUCGGCGAUAAAAGGCGGGCAUACGGCCACUGUGCAUGAGCUGCUAUCUCGCGGAGCAGAUCCAAACCUGGAGUCAGACUUUUUGACGCCCUUGAGAGCUGCGGUGGACGCGGGGAGUUUCGAAAUCGCCCAGAUCUUAAUCAAUGCAGGCGCAAGAGUGGAUUCCCACCGGGCUCUACAAAGCGCGCUAUCUCAGAAGAGAAAAGAUCUUGUUGAUCUCCUCCUGCAGAACGGAGCAGAUACGCACCGAAGCUUACGAGAUGCUGUUCGGGGCGCCGAUCUUUGGGCUUUCCAGUUGCUUAUCGAUAGAGGAGCAGAUAUUCAUCGCGAAGAGCCCGAUGAUGAGACAUCCAUAUUGGGAGCGGCCGCAUGGGGUGGUUCAAUCUCUAUCGUGACAUACUUACUCGACAACGGAUUGCAGGAUCAGCUCAACCUUGGGCCUGAAGACACCCCACCUCUGCUUGAUGCUGUUGCCGCCACUCGGCCACUCAUUGUGGAGCUGUUGAUCCAUCGUGGAGCUGAUGUUAAUGCCUACCCCCAGGCAGCCGACGAGCGCCGUUUCACUGGAUAA